CUCUGCUCUGCGCAUGCGCGCGGUGACUGCCACGUCCUGGUUGACAGUUCUUCUUCCUGAUGCAGCCGGGGUGCAGCUAGGCUAAAGCUAAGCUAAGCUAACAGAGGUUUGUUUUUAAAUCCCGGGUUUUUAUUUUUUAAUUUUUGUUGUUGGUGAAACCAUAAAAGCGAAACCAUAAAGCGUCUGAUUCCAGCGGCGGGAGCAGAAGAGGUCGGACGGCACCAUGAACGGCCAGCUGGACCUGAGCGGGAAGCUGAUCAUCAAAGCCCAGUUGGGCGAUGACAUCAGACGCAUCCCCAUCCAUAACGAAGACAUCACUUAUGACGAGCUGGUGCUGAUGAUGCAGCGCGUUUUCAGGGGGAAGCUGCAGAGCAACGACGAGGUGACCAUCAAAUACAAGGACGAAGAUGACGACCUCAUCACCAUCUUUGACAGCUCCGACCUCUCCUUCGCCAUCCAGUGUAGUAGAAUACUCAAACUGACUUUGUUUGUGAACGGUCAGCCGCGACCUUUGGAGUCCAGUCAGGUGAAAUACCUGCGCAGGGAGCUCAUCGAGCUCAGGAAUAAAGUCAACAACCUCUUGGACAGCCUGGAGCCCCCCUCAGAGCCUGGACUGGCUGCUACAGCACCGGACAGUGAAUCGAUGGAUGGACGUGAAGGUAAAGUGAUGGCAGCAGACCCCGCAUUGAAACAGGCCACUCCAGUCAGCGCAGCCAGCAUGUCGGCCUUCGACCCGUUAAAAAACCAGGACGAGGUCAGCAAGAAUGUCAUCUCCGCCUUUGGCCUGAGCGAGGACCAGGCCCCAGCUCCUCCAGCACCAGAGGAGCGCUCAGGAACCCCUGACAGCAUCGCCUCCUCCUCGUCUGCAGCCCCUCAGCCAGGAGUGCCCCCCCAACCACAGGCUCCCUAUCCUGGAGUACAGCAGGGACCCCCAGCUGGCAUGGAUGGUCAGGUGUAUCAGCAGUACCAGGCUCCAGGUGGAUACCCGCCUCAGCAACCAGGUGCCCCACCGCAGCAGCAGCAGCAGCAGUACGGUAUGCAGUACUCUGGAUACAGCGCUCAGCCCGGAGCUCCUCAGCCUGGCCCACCACAGCCGCAGCAGCAGCAGUUUCAGAACUACGCACCUCCCUCCUCCCAGGCUCAGGCCCCCGGUCCAGCUCAGGCUCCAGCUCCGGGCUUCCAGGGUGGCCAGCAGCAGCCCCAUCCAUCUCAGGGAGCCCAGCAGCAAUAUCCACCGGGAACCUUCCCUCCCCAAAACUAUACCUCCCAGGCCUCCCAGCCUGCCAACUACAGCCUGCCACCCAGCUCCCAGCCUGGCCCGGGGUACCAACCCCGCCCCGGGUACACCCCACCUCCAGGCAGCACUGUCACCCCUCCACCAGGAGCUGGUAACCCAUACGCCCGUAACCGCCCACCUUAUGGCCAGGGCUACACUCAGCCAGGCCCUGGAUACCGGUAAAAGAGGAUAGCGGAUGUUACUGAUCCUCACACACACCCUUCAAACUCCCCCGACCCCUAUGUGUGGCUCCAACUGUUUGGCCUGGGUGCAGGAAAUAUGUUCCACCGCUCUGCAUCCCCCCUUCCCCUCCAAGUUCAUACAAAUAAGAAGUGCAAAUAUAAAACAAGCAACUCCCCCAGUCUGAUGGUUAGUGUUUGUAUGCCGUCUCUCCAACACGCCGCUCUGUUCUGGCCCCCCCGGUGUUUGUUCCUCGUGUUAUUUUUCCCGCUCUCUCCACAUCUGCUCUGCCCUCUCGUAUCUGUCAUUGUACAAAAUGUAACCAGUCUGUACGCACACACCUGGAAGACCAAAACAGGCUGUUUGCACAAACCGUUUCUUUUCACGGUAACACGCCAUUCUUUUGCGAGUGAGAUCAGCGUCCGGCAUUCUGCAUCCGCGUCGCACGUUAGACUGAAAAACAUCUCGGCUGAGUGUGUAGAUGCAUCUGUAAGACACUAUCUAUAUGAAGUUACCCUGUUGACGUUUGUUUUUUUUUCCCUUAUUGAUCAAGUUCACCACCGUGUCGGUAUUAAAUGUGUCAAUGAAACUGCCCCACGUCGGGAACACUAGCUAAGUGACGGCUAACGGGAGGUGUAGAUCCCAGCGUCAGUGAAGACUUGUUUAGCUCGUUAUAUCACUUCCAGUAAAAGCUUGCUAUCUCUCUCUCUCUUUAUCUUAUCACUGGUUUUUACUAAUAAAUCAAACCCCACCUUCAAGUGAGAUUAGUUGUUUAUGUAUAAACUGUAACAUUUUUUUCUUGAACCUAAUAAAUGAUUGAGACCCAAA